AUCGCUGACGUCAUGGGCCGGCGCUGUUGGGCUCUGGCUGCAGUGGCGGUCGCGGCAGGUUGGCCUGGCGGCAGUUUUGUGAUUUCGCGUCAGGUCUCACGUGCUCCAGCCAGAGCUCCAUGUACGCGGAAAAAACAGGUGGCCAAUCUGCGCAGCUUCACCGGCCGGCCGAGCCGUGCUCGAGGCGGUCAGCGUCCAGGAAAUGUGGUGGCGCGGCGGCUCUUUGACUCAGGCAGUUUCUUCGGUGUGGGCGUGCCGGAGGCGCUGGUCAUUGCCCUGUUGGGUUGGUUCUUGCUGGGGCCUGAGGAGCUCUACAAAAUCUCCAAACAGGUGGGAGGCUGGUUGGGCGAGCUGCGAACCUACAUUGGGCAGGCUGCUCGACAGUAUGAAUCCGCUUUGGAUGAUAAGAGCACGAGACAGGCCAUUGAGGGCUUACGCCAGACCCAGCAGACUGUCUCAGAACUGGCUGGCUCCUGGCGUUCAGUCACCGAUUCGCUGCGAGAUCCAUUAGCCAUUUCCAGCACCUUGCAGAGCACCUUCGACAAGUAUUCAACGAAGCCACAGGUGCCACCUGCACCCAAGUUGGACCUCGAGGAUGCAAAGACAAGUUCGACCUCGGCCACGAGUUCCACGGAGGCAACGCAGCCAGAGAAGUCCGAGGGCGAGACAGAGGCAGAACUCGAGGAGAAGAGGGCUCAGAGUCGUCAAGCUGUUUCGGACAUGUGGUACCGGCAGGACGACAAGGACGGCGAUGAAAAUUGGCAGCUGCCAAAAGCCGCUGAGUCCUUCCUGGCGCGUUUGGAUGAUCGACUGGACGAGAUCGAAGAACUGGCGCCGGACUUGGAGGCUGUGAAACAAGCGGCUACAAGGCUGGAAGAACUUCGGAAAGGUGUUUUGGAAGAUCGAGCUGCCAUCCGCGAGAUCGUUCUGCAAAGUGUGGAGAAAGAAAAGGCGAACCAGGAAGCCUGAAGGAGCACAAGCUACAUCUUGCAUCACAGAAAUGCCAGAGGGAGUUUCUUGGCGAAAGAGCGAUUCAUUGCUGUGAGGAGCAAUUGUGCAACGGUGGAAAAAGUGAUUAGUUCUAAGAUGUUCUGAGUGAUUGUGUU